CCCUCCACCCCAAGGUCAGGUGAGGCAGGGCCAGUGGCUGAAAGGACAGUGAAGGCUAAAAGGUGCCCCUCCCCACACACCCUCUGCAGUCACUGCCCAGGGCAGAGGAAGCAAGGCACAGGACAGCAGGCAUCUAGGCCAGACUCCAGGACGGCAGCCUCAGUUGCUCUUCCCUGGCUCCGAUGUGCUGACGGGCCUGGUGGGGCCCUCUCACCUAGUGGUGAUGUGGAAGGUGUAGUGAACCGGCCUGAGAAGGUUGGGAGCCAGUUGGGCGUGGUUACUGGGUCCCAAGGCCUGGGCGCAGGACUAGGGCAGCCCAGUUGGUGGUAUCCUGCUGGUGGCAUCAGGCCCCUCUCCCACCACACAGAGUUGGUCUCCUAAAGGCUUGCUUACUGGGCCCCAGUGCCUUCUAGAGACCCCCUCCUCAUUCUAGCACCCCCUUCCCAGGCCACCCAAGGUUGUGUUAAACUGCAGAAUGAGUUGUGGGGUGAGCUUUGUUCAAGAUUUCUCCACUGCCCAUUAACCAGAAAGUUUCAGCUCUUCCUCCGGAUGCCUCCUCAAGCCCUCCUGGAUCCCUUCUCCAAAGAAAAACCUUGUUUGUUUAAUGAAGGAAAGUUGGAGUACGGAGAAGCCAAUAGGAUGCGGGGUCUCUAAUGGAUGCAAAUGAUCAUGAAAAGACAGUGCAAAAUAUGAAACAACUCAUUUGCAGGGAAGUAAAUCACCGAAAACUGUUUAUGAACUGGCAUCCCUUCUUCGAAAUGUAAAGCGAGGACCUCUUUAAGUGGCGGUAUAUUUUUGUGUGGGGGGUGGGGGGUGGGGGGAGGGCGAGCGAGCCGCGGCUGCCAUGCAAGCUUAGACUUUUGGAGGCUUCGCUGUCCUUUUCUAUUCCUGGAAAUCACAAAAAGUGUGGUGGCUUCGAGAUCUUCGCCUUUUCUUUCUUUUCUUUCCCCCACCUCCUCCCUUCCCGUCUCCUUUCCUGGCGAGGGUGACUAGGAGCCGGCGAAUCCGCGUUUUUUUCUCUCUCUCUCCCUCCCUUUCCCCCUCCCCACCCCCUCCCCAACAGCCCCCAACUACAGCCGCCGCCGCCGCCGCCGCCUCAAAAUUCAAUAAAAUGAGCUCUUAUUUCGUCAACUCACUGUUCUCCAAAUACAAAACCGGGGAGUCCCUGCGCCCCAAUUAUUAUGACUGCGGCUUCGCCCAGGACCUGGGCGGCCGACCCACCGUGGUGUACGGUCCCAGCAGCGGCGGUAGCUUCCAGCACCCGUCGCAAAUCCAGGAGUUCUACCACGGGCCGUCUUCGCUGUCCACGGCUCCCUACCAGCAGAACCCGUGCGCGGUGGCCUGCCACGGGGACCCGGGCAACUUCUACGGCUACGACCCGCUGCAGCGGCAAAGCCUGUUCGGUGCGCAGGAUCCAGACCUGGUGCAGUACGCCGACUGCAAGCUCGCCGCCGCCAGCGGCCUGGGAGAGGAGGCCGAGGGGUCCGAGCAGAGCCCGUCGCCCACACAGCUCUUCCCCUGGAUGCGCCCGCAAGCAGCCGCCGGACGCAGGCGAGGCCGACAGACCUACAGCCGCUACCAGACCCUGGAGCUGGAGAAGGAGUUCCUAUUUAAUCCCUAUCUGACUCGCAAGCGGCGGAUCGAGGUAUCGCAUGCGCUGGGACUGACAGAGAGACAGGUCAAAAUCUGGUUCCAGAACCGGAGGAUGAAGUGGAAAAAAGAGAACAACAAAGACAAGUUCCCCAGCAGCAAAUGCGAGCAGGAGGAGCUGGAGAAACAGAAGCUGGAGCGGGCCCCGGAGGCGGCGGACGAGGGCGACGCGCAGAAGGGCGACAAGAAGUAGGCUCCAGCUGGGACUGCCAGGGCCGCGGCCCCCGGACCGCGCCACCGUCGCCCGCCCCCGCCCGAGAGAGCUCUGGCCCCGCGAGCGGGGCCCGGAGCCUGGCCUCCCACCGCAGCGUCCCCGCCGCGCCAGUCCCCGCUAGUGGUAGUAUCUCGUAAUAGCUUCUGUGUGUGAGCUACCGUGGAUCUCCUUCCCUUCUCUUGGGGGCCAGGGGGAAAGAAAAGGAUUUUAAGCAUGGACUCCCUCGCCCUGCGAGGGUGAGCGGCUGCGGCCUGGCUGAGCACCCCCCCACGCCCCCGCCCCGUGUAAAAAGCCUCCUUGUGCAAUGGUCUUUUUUUCCUUUGAACGUGCUUCUUUGUAAUGACCGAGGUACCGAUUUCUGCUAAGUUCUCCCAACAACAUGAAACUGCCUAUUCACGCCGUAAUUCUUUCUGUCUCCCUCCCUCUCUUUUCUCUCUCUUUCUCUCUCUUUCUCUCGCCUCGUCCUCAUUUCCCCUCCCACCCACCCCCCUCCCCGCUGUCCUUCCUAGCUCGCUGGCUUUCUCUCUGGCUUCUCUCUUUUCCUCCACGCCCCCCCACCCCCCGCCCGCCGCUUUGGUUUGACAAUUUCGUCUUAAGUGUUUCUCAAAAGAGGUUACUUUAGUUAGCAUGCGCGCUGUGGGCAAUUGUUAAAAGUGUUCUUAGGUUUACUGUGAAGAGAAUGUAUCCUGUAUCCGUGAAUUGCUUUAUUGGGGGGAGGGAGGGCUAAUUAUAUAUUUUGUUGUUCCUCUAUACUUUGUUCUGUUGUCUGCGCCUGAAAAGGGCGGAAGAGUUACAAUAAAGUUUACAAGCGAGAACCCGA